AUGCAGGUCUUUGCUUUAGGCACCAACUGUAGCGGUUGUUUGGGACUCGGAGACCUUCAAAGCACCAUUGAGCCACGGAGGAUUGAUGUGUUGUCUGGAAAGAAGAUUGUGUCCCUCAGCUAUGGAACAGGACCUCAUGUGGUUAUCGCCACAGCAGAUGGUGAGGUUUAUGCCUGGGGCCACAAUGGCUACAGCCAACUGGGAAAUGGGACCACCAACCAUGGUCUGACCCCUGCCCUGGUAUCAACCAACCUCCUUAACAAGAGAGUGACAGAAGUGGCGUGCGGCUCCCACCACACCAUCGCCCUCACCAGUGAUGGAGAGGUGUACGCGUGGGGUUACAACAACUCAGGACAAGUAGGCUCUGGGUCGACGGCCAAUCAGCCGACACCACGCCGCGUCAGCAGCUGCCUGCAGAGCAAAGUGGUGAUCAACAUCGCCUGUGGCCAGCUCUGCUCUAUGGCUGUGCUGGACAACGGGGAGAUCUACGGUUGGGGCUAUAAUUGUAACGGACAGCUGGGUUUGGGCAACAAUGGGAAUCAGCAGACCCCGUGCAGGAUCGCUGCCCUCCAAGGUGUCAACAUUGUCCAGGUAGCAUGUGGAUAUGCACACACAUUGGCGCUUACAGAUGAAGGAUUUGUUUACGCCUGGGGAGCCAACUCUUAUGGACAGUUGGGGACAGGCAAUAAAAGUAAUCAAGCUCUUCCCACCCUAAUAAAUACCGACAAGGAGAGGAUGGUGGAGGUGGCUGCAUGUCACACCAGCCACACGUCAGCUGCAAAGACGCAGAGCGGCCAGAUUCUGAUGUGGGGUCAGUGUCGGGGUCAGGCCGUGUCCAGCCCCCACCUCACCCACUUCAGCAGCACCGAUGACGUGUUCGCUUGCUUCGCCACGCCAGCCGUCACGUGGCACCUCCUCUCAGUGGACGGUGACGACUACAUGACUGUGGCUCAGUCUUUGAAGAAAGAGUUUGACAGUCCGGAGAUUUCUGAUCUCAAGUUCUUGGUUGAUGGGAAGUGCAUUUAUGUUCACAAAGCCCUGCUGAAAAUCAGUUUCUGCAUUCCAGCCCUUUGCCCUCUUGCACCGUCAGGAGGAAGGAGCCAGGCUGUCUGCACCAUCAACAUGAUCUACGGUUGGGGCUAUAAUUGUAACGGACAGCUGGGUUUGGGCAACAAUGGGAAUCAGCAGACCCCGUGCAGGAUCGCUGCCCUCCAAGGUGUCAACAUUGUCCAGGUAGCGUGUGGAUAUGCACACACAUUGGCGCUUACAGAUGAAGGAUUUGUUUACGCCUGGGGAGCCAACUCUUAUGGACAGUUGGGGACAGGCAAUAAAAGUAAUCAAGCUCUUCCCACCCUAAUAAAUACCGACAAGGAGAGGAUGGUGGAGGUGGCUGCAUGUCACACCAGCCACACGUCAGCUGCAAAGACGCAGAGCGGCCAGAUUCUGAUGUGGGGUCAGUGUCGGGGUCAGGCCGUGUCCAGCCCCCACCUCACCCACUUCAGCAGCACCGAUGACGUGUUCGCUUGCUUCGCCACGCCAGCCGUCACGUGGCACCUCCUCUCAGUGGACGGUGACGACUACAUGACUGUGGCUCAGUCUUUGAAGAAAGAGUUUGACAGUCCGGAGAUUUCUGAUCUCAAGUUCUUGGUUGAUGGGAAGUGCAUUUAUGUUCACAAAGCCCUGCUGAAAAUCAGAUGUGAACAUUUCCGUACAUUGUUGAAUGAAACUGAUGAAGACGCCAUAGAAAUCAAUCAGUUCUCCUACCUGGUGUACAGAGCCUUCCUGGAGUAUCUCUACACCGACACCAUUAACCUGCCACCAGAGGAUGCUAUAGGGCUGCUCGACUUGGCUACGUUCUACAGAGAGACCAGGCUGAAGAGGCUGUGCCAGGAGACGAUCAAGAGGGGAAUUUCUGAAGAGAACGCCAUCACUCUGCUCUCGGCUGCCGUCAAGUAUGAGGCGAAGGACCUGGAGGAGUUCUGCUUCAAGUUUUGUGUCAACCACCUAACAGCGGUCACGCAGACCCAGGCCUUUGCAGACAUGGAUCAUGACCUGCUCAAGAACUUCAUUAGUAAAGCCAGUCGCUACGGGGCCUUCAAAAACUAGAGUGCCCCUGCAGUGACGGAUCCAAGAAGGACUGGUUUAA